AGUUCCAGCUUUGGCAUGGAAAGAUAUUAUAUCCAACCACAGUGUCCCUUCUGAAAUCGAGUGUUCAUUUAACUGUGGUAAUGAGCCAACAUGUGCUGGAUUUAAAUACAAAUUUGGUACAAACAGUCCAUCAGUAAACUGCCAACUCAGCAACACUACUGGCAAGAACAACAUGGCAAAUCAUGAUGAUCAAGGCUGGGUGUUUUUCAUCGAUGUUACAAAAAAAUUGGUACGUAUAUAUGUAUACUUAAAUUAUGUGUGAUAACUCUUGAAACAAUAGCGUGAUUCCUUUCCAGAUUUUUUCAAUAAAGCCGUGCAACCAACAUGAUGUAUUUAAUGCGUCACUAAGUAUUACCAAAUAUACAAAACUUGUAUAUUGUUGGUUUGAUACAAAAGAGUUACUGUUAACAGCUAACCUAAACAUUACCUAACCUAAGGGUUGCUGUAUAUCUAGUAGCAACUUGAUCUCCUUUAUACGAACCAGCCUCAGAUACUUUUACGUACUAUUUAAAACACGAGCAGGAGUGCUUUAUCAGAUAUACGAGAGCGCAGCUCGAGUGUUUUAUAUCUGAUAAAGCAGUGUUUUUGCGAGCGUCUUAAGCUGUAAGAGCCGAGAAAAUCAAAUUAACAUUAUUUUUUAUCACAUAUAAAACCACCAAUGAAUGGUAGUAAUUUCCUUUGUCGUUUCCAUAAGAAAUAUUAACGAGUUUUUUAAUGUAUUUUAACUAUAGAAACACUACAGUACUAUAACUAAGAAAGAAAUGACUACAACGCCUGGUAUUCCUACAACUGAGAAAGAAAUGACGACAACGCCUGGUAUUCCUACAACUGAGAAAGAAAUGACUACAACGCCUGGUAUUUCUACAACUGAGAAACAAAUGACUACAACGCCUGGUAUUCCUACAACUAAGAAAGAAAUGACUGCAACGCCUGGUAUUCCUACAACUAAGAAAGAAAUCACAACAACCCCUGGUAUUCCUACAUCUAAGAAAGAAAUGACUGCAACGCCUUGUAUUCCUACAACUAAGAAAGAAAUGACUACAACGCCUGGUAUUCCUACAACUAAGAAAGAAAUGACAACAACGCCUGGUAUUCCUACAACUAAGAAAGAAAUGACAACAACGCCUGGUAUUCCUACAACUGAGAAAGGUAUAUGA